AUGGACGGCUCGAGGGCCGGGGGGAGGCGGGAGGGAGGCGGCGGCCGGGGGAGGAGCGGGGCUGAGGCGCCCCCUGCGGGCGGGCAGCGGCCCCGGGAGCUGCGAGGAGGCUCGGAAGGUGCGAGGAGGAGGCGAAGGUGCGAGGAGACGAGGAAGGUGGCUGCAGAGACCCCGCAGCGCUCUGAGGUGAAAACCCGCCGGGAGCUCAGCUUCCAGCCAGGCGCCGUGCCAAGGAGUCAGUUGCAGGAGUUCCCCGCAGCCAUCCCGCUGGACACCAGGCAGCUGAUUCUGGCAGCCAACAACGUCUCCUACCUGCCGGCGGUGGAGUUGAGCUUCCUGGCUGAUCUGGUCUACCUGGACUGCCAGAAGAACCUCUUAGGGGACGACCUGGAUUUCACUUUUAUCGGCGUGGCCAAGCUUGUCUACCUGGACCUCAGCUUCAACAACCUGACGCAGGUCACCUUCGGCACCUUCUCGCAGCUCCUCAGCCUGGUGGUGCUGAAGAUCUCGGACAACCCCAACCUCGUAGCGAUCGAGAAGGAUGCUUUUGCCAACAACACCUGGCUGAGGCACCUGGAUGUCAGCCGGACUGGCUUAACGUUCCUGGACACCAGCACCGUCCGGGACCUGCCCAACCUGAGGUUUCUGGGGCUCAGUGACAACCCGUGGCACUGCAACUGUUCCUUUUUGGACUUCAUCACCUGGAUGGCAGACAGCAACGUGCAUUUCCCAGAUGCUGACAACAUCACCUGCUACACUCCCAAAGCCUUCCGUGCCUGGAAGCUGCCUGCAGCCAAGGUACAGCUGCGCUCCAGCUGCCUGACCCAGCUGCACAAGCAGGACUACAUCUUCCUGUGUUUCGUUGGCUUCUGCAUAUUCUUUGCUGGCACCGUGGUGGCCUGGCUGGCCGGCGUCUGUGCCGUCAUCUACCAAGUGCACACUUCCAAGGGGGAGGAGGAUGAGGAGGAGGAAGACGCGGUCACUUAGGACCAGCCCUACAAAGCGUUCCAAACGCCGUCCUGGGAACUGAAGGCAGGCCCUUCCUGGAUGAUUUCCCGCAUUAUGCCCUACUUUAGAUGCUAUUUAUUUUUUUUUUGAAGCGAAAUAAAACUGCCAGAGAUGAAAAUCUCUGUGCUCCAGUUUCA